AUGUCUCACAACUAUCACAUUUCUACUGGAAGAGGGGGCGCUGGGAACGUAGUUUCCACAUCUGAAAAGCCGUCACCCAAAAUUGUGCCUCAAGGCUCACAAACCCCAAGCCUUCUGCAGCCUGUGUUUAGCACUGGGCGAGGCGGGGCUGGAAAUAUGUACAAGAACGUGGACCGCAAUCUGACGCGCAAAGCACAGGACGUGGAUGAUCACAUUUCUGGUGGUGAGGACCAUAUUGAACCCGUGAGCUCCGGAGGAGAGAAAGUGCAUUCUGUCACCUCUCAAACCUCCGCCCUUAAUACAAAGCAGCACAAUGGCAAGCACACCCUGAAGCCAAGCAGAAGUCGGCACGAUUCACCUCAGACGGUCAGUAUUGGUAGAGGUGGCGCUGGAAAUAUGCUUUCUGCUUCAAGCAGCAGAACUUCGGAAGGCGACAAGAACAGAAUCUCUGCAAAGAACAGGUCUCCCAAAAAAGGAAUGUGGGCAAAUAUCAAGAAUAUGUUUUCUCAGAGGGAUAAUUGA